GUUUCACUUACACUUACUGCGCAGAACCCUUUCACUCGCACUCGCAACAUCAAUGAGAAACGGGCCCGAUAAUUCAUGCAUCUAAUCAGAGUGCAUUGAUUCCGUUCUAAUCAUGCCGGUGGUGGAUCUAAAAGUGGAUCGGAGGAAAGAGCAAUGAUUAGCAGCGUCUCUGGCUGCAAGCGCAUCCACAGCAUCGAGGUUGAGCAACUACAGGACUCUGAGGAGGUGCAACAUAGUUUUCUGCUGAUCAAGGGCCGGCUGCAACCCAAGUGCGCCGCGGCCAAGCAGCUAAAGGCGACCCUCGAGUUGUGUGACGAGCAGUCGCAGUCGGCGUCGCAGUUGCAGUUGCAACCGAGGUCGCAGUCUCAGUCGCUAGAACAGCUGACUCAAUUGUCCAGCGCUGGGGAGUUCAAGUUGCUCUUUGAUUUGCACGUUCAACAGGACAAGGAGGAGGUGCCGGCAGUGACGUCGAGAGCCUGCCGCCUGCAGCUGCGCUCUUGCAGCGGCUCAAGGCUGAUACGAUUCACCUACAAGCCACGGAGCAGCCACUACCGAGUGCAACCGCUGUACAUAGUAUGCCAGGACGAAAAGGAGGAGGAAGCUAGUGUUUCACGCUGCUCACUCAUCGAUCUCAAUCUGCGACUCGUGCAGUGCAUUUACGCGCACAAAUUGCAUGCCGCAGGCUUUGCCAAUCGCACAUUUACGCUCAACGGACCCUGCCGACGCUUCUGCAGCCAACUGACCACCGAAGAGACGCUUGCCAAGAGUGAGGACGAGCUGUGGCAGCAUUUUGCUGGCGAAAUACUCGCCUGUGAGCAGUGGGGCCAGCAGCUGCACUUGAAGUUCGUUGCAUUUGUGGCCUGCACGCGGUACGACGGCUCAGCAGUAGCGGCCAGCGGGGAUCAUUCCUACGCGAACAUCCGACGUCACCUGCGCGGCCACGCCGCAUUGGGAGGCGGUGGAUUGGCAUUGUUUGGCAGCGCACACUUCUACGCGUGGCCGCGCACCUUCUCGGAGAUCGGCGACUGUGUGCGAAGCGCGGAGCGUGUGGACGUUGCACGGCUGCCUGACGAGAGCAAUUAUCGACGCACCUACGGCGGCGUCUAUGCCAGCACUCUGGGCGCCGUCUGUCACGAGCUGGGCCAUUGCUUUGAUCUCGGGCACACGCUGGACGGUGUAAUGGGCCACGGGUUUGAUUAUCUCAAUCGCGUACUCACCGUUGACCAGGCCACCGAGCAUUUGCCGCAGCGCAUCGUAGAUCAGUCGUCGUCCACAGCAGGCGCCCACACCCACAGCCACACCCGCAGUCGUCUCACGCAGCUAAAGCUUAAGCAGCCAAGCAGCCAGCUGCUGGAUAAUUAUCACGGCCAACGUCGCAACGAUAGCUUCUACUUUGCCCGCAAUUGUGCUGUGAUCCUCGCCCAUCAUCGCUGGCUAAACCCGCAGCCGCAGCCAGUCCCCAUCAACACAGAGUCGUUGGCCAUUUAUCUGUCAAGGGCUAGCCGCGAGAUUGUAUCCACCACACCGCUGCGUCUCGUCGAGCUGCGCUGCAAUCGCAACAGCCUGGUGGCCCACUACGAGGAGCUCAGCGCCAACGUUCAGCAGGUGGAGCAUCGCUUUCAGCUGCCAGCAGCCUUGUGGCAUCUUGUGGCUGACCAGCGCACGCAUUACGUCUUUGUGCUGACGACAAACGGAGACACGAAGCGUUUGGCCUGCGACGACGAGCAUUAGAAAUGUCUGGAUCGCAACGCAAAAUAAGACGCGCCGAGGAGCCACAGCAGGAGGCGCAACAGGGCCACGAUGCGGGGAAUGAGGAUGUGCACAUGCGAACGCUGGACGCCGCGGAGAGAGGUGGCAGAGCGGC